GGGAACUGGGGUAAACAGACUAGACUGGACUCUGCUCAGUCCCAUUUUUUAUACUGUCAAAUGCCAUGUUUUGGGAAGGUUUUGAGGACAGCUGCUUUUCAUGCCUCUUCUUGGGUGCAUCAUGCUGACUUUUCUUUGGAAAUUCACUGUCCUUUACCUCCCCAUCAUCUCUUGUUCUCUACUUAAUUAUGUGAAUCCUGAAGACAAUCUGGAUAUACCAGUGAUCGCUAAAUAUUUCAACACCAAAGGAAGGUACGAGGAGGUGAACCCGCACCUCAUAGAGGACAUACUGGCUGUAAACAGAUCUAUGCUGCAGCCUCCAUCUGAGCAAUGUCAAGAGAUUCAUCUGACCGCGAUCAUAAGACAUGGCACCAGGUACCCGACGCCCAAAAACGUCAAGGAGAUGCAGCAGCUCUACAACAUUGUCCUACACAAUGCCUCAGGCGAAGAGAGCUGGCUGCGGGAGAUCCAGACCCAGUGGAGGAUGUGGUACACUGAGGACAUGGACGGCAGGCUGGUGCAGAAAGGUGUGAACGAUCACAAGCAUCUGGCCGUCAGGCUGUCAAAGCUGUUCCCCUCACUGAUCUCAGAGGAGAAGCUCCGAGGUGGAUUCAUCAAGUUCAUAACCAGCUCAAAGCACAGGUGUGUCAACAGCACUCUGUCCUUCAAGGCAGGACUGACUGAGCUGUGGGCUAUCACAGAUCAGGAGUUUGACCACGCAGAGAAUGAUGCUCUCAUGAGGUUUUUUGACAAGUGCACCAGGUAUGUGCAGGAAGUGGAUAACAACGCCUCAGCAGUGUCAGAGGUGGACAAGUUCAAGCAGGGACCAGAGAUGAGGAGGGUCACGGAGAAGAUUGCAGACCGUCUCAGAGUCCCGCAGAGUCUCAUCACACACGAUUUGACUGAGGCUGCAUUUUACCUGUGUGCUUAUGAAUUUGCAAUCAAAGCAGUGAACUCGCCCUGGUGUCGGCUCUUCGAUGAGGACGAUGCAAAGGUUUUGGAGUAUGCAAGUGACCUGAGGGAAUUCUGGAAAAGGGGUUACGGUCACGAUAUCAACAGCAAGGCGAGCUGCAUUCUCUUCCACGAUGUGUUUAAACGACUGAACAAGGCAGCCGCAGAGAAUAAGACAGGCCAGCAGGUGACCGAAGCCGUGACAGUCCAGGUCGGCCACGCAGACACCCUCCUGCCACUGCUCACCCUCCUGGGCUUCUUCAAGGACAGCGAUGCCCUGAACUCCACCAACUACGCCACACAGGCCCAACGCUCCUUCCGCACCAGCCACAUGUUACCCUAUGCAGCUAACUUACUCAUGGUGCUGUACGACUGCGGGGGAGGCGACCUGAGACUGCAGCCGCUGCUCAACGAAAAGCCUGUGACUUUCCCCGGUUUGACUGGCCAGCAGGGCUCCAUGCCGCUCUAUCAGGAUGUCAGAGAUCACUACAGGGAGCUGCUCCAAGGAUGUGACUUUGAGACUGAGUGUCAGCUGGUAAAGAGUUCUGCGUAAGUUAAGGCAGACAGGGUAGCUU